UGUUAGGGUGUGCUCGCUCGCGCUCGUUGCGAGAAAGUUAUGUUGAAGUUGAAUAUGCUCGCGCCCGUCGCGAGAAAGUUAUGUCGAAUGCGCGCGCCUGAAAAUAUGAGUAGCAACAUUUCUCGUCCAUCAACAUUGUUUUUUUCAUAUUGUAUUGUUUGGCAGUCUCUAUAAACCUCGAUUUUCAUCUCCUUCGACUCACUACUGCAUUCUCUUUCUCUUGCAAUAAUCAAGCAAUUUUUGCCCAGAUUUUAGUUUGAACCAUCGAUGGCGGAAAAAGCUGGGCUUACCUUGGGCGACAAAUGGAGCUCCCUUAUUCUCUCUGAAAUGUUGCAGCUUGUCAAAGAUGACCUCGACGACCUCAGAAUCACCGUCUCUGCAAUCAUAGUUAUGCUUCCUGACGCCGAAGAGCGAUCUGCGACCAGCAAUUUCACAGCUUGGCUUGAAAAGCUGAAAGAUGCACUUUACGAUGCCGAUGACUUGCUCGAUGAGUUAUCUUUCGAUGUUUUGAGAAGGCUUCUCUUUCCAUGGUCAAGGGCAAACAAUUAUGUUUAUCUUCCCAAAAUGAGCUCUCAAAUUCAGGUCAUUAAGAACAGGUCAACUUCCCCUGAACGGAUGUUUGACAUGUUAAACUUUUUCGAUCACUUCCUAGUUAAAAUCCAUUUAAUGGCUGCAAAGAGCACAACUUUGGUAGCAGGUUGUCCGACUAGAAUGAAGACGACGGAAAAGAUACAUGAAACCUAUCCGAACAAGAAGAUGGGUUAUGGCGUGGCAGAACUCGAGCAUCAGUCUAUGUCGAAUGGAAGCAAGAAAAGAAAUCUGAACUUUGUUUCCGAUGACUUAUUGAGACAAGAAAGAAAAGGAAUAAGGAAACCGAGCAGGGAGCUCCGGUACCGACUAGAAUCAUUAACAAAAAAUGCAGAAGAGUUUAUCAAGUCAUCCGUGCCAGAAAUAGCGGAAACUUACGAUGAUCCAACCAAAAGAGGGAUAGAUAAUGUAAAAGUUACUGCAGCCAAUGAUCCAACACGUGAAGGAGUACAAUCUGAAUUCCGUGAUUUGGAGAACCAACUUUAUGACAAAGGCAACGACAAAGUGGAAUGCAAAGAUUUCCCAGGCUUGGAACAGGCAUUGAAGAACACUGCUUGGGGGGAAAUUCCAGAGUACCUCGAAUCUAUUGCAAUCCAAAUCGAAAAAGAUCGUGGAAAGACUACUGAUGUUUUUCAUGUCGCCAUUCAAAUUCUGGUCUGCGCUGCGAUCAAAGAGAUGAAAGAUUUCUCGGUUGGGGAUUUGGAUUGGGAUACCUUGAAAAAGUGGGGCGCCACACUUAAUUACGCUGAGAAAUUUGGUUUUCAAGUGAGAUUUGCUGAUAAUCUGUUGAAGAAGAAUUUGCUAGCCUAUUUUGCUGCUCAAAAUCUUCCCAAAUCGACUGCAAAAAAAUAGCUAUGCAAAGGCAAUUGGUUGUGUUGUUGGCUUGCUGCUAUGUCUACAAUGGUAUCGGCUUUAAUGUGUUUGUCCUCAGACUUUGGAUUUCUAUAUGAAGUUUAUUUUGCACCAAA